ACAAGAAUUGAAAGAGUAGAGUAUCAUGCUCACUGUUCUCAUUUUACUCUUUGGUUGUACUGCGGUCAACUCACAACAACUGCUAUCCAAUCCAAAAUGCAAUCACUGGCCAGAUCGUGGCACAUGUGAACUUGAUUUUCAUGUAAAAUGGUAUUAUGAUCGGUAUGAUCAUCGAUGUCGUCGCUUCUUUUAUGGAGGAUGUGAAGGAAAUGAGAAUCGAUUCGAUUCUUUGGAAGAGUGUUCAUCUCAGUGUCACUAUCAAGUACCUACAAACCGAGAUCGAUGCUUUCAACCUCAUGAUCCAGGAAAUUGCUAUGCGGACAUUGAGCGAUGGUUUUUCGACGAAAACAAGAAGCAAUGUGUAUGCUCAUGGUGGUCUGGUUGUGGUGGUAACUCGAAUAUCUAUUAUUCCUAUAAUCACUGUAUGCUCAUUUGUGGAGAGUAUGCAGAACAUGGACCUGGAAUUGAUGAGAAGUACUGGGGAAGACAGAUGAAUCGAUCAAUGUCAGCUGAAUCUCUACAUGUUUUUAAUAACCCAACUGAAUCAUUCCAUCAGUAUUCAGAAGAGCCGUAUCCUGUGCAGGUUCCAUUGGAAAAUUCCUAUUAUGACAGCCAUCCGAGAAGAUAUGGAAAUUCAGAUAACUGGGACAAUAAACUCAUGACAAUCAAUAUCAGUCACAGAGACGAUGGACCAAGCUACUUUCACGCAGCUCCAGCUGUGACCGUUCCGAUGUUCAGCCGAGCUGCCCAAUCGUUCAAGACUCAAGCUGAUGGAUUGACUAUUCAUCGUUAUGAUUCCGAACCAAGACCAAUGCAAGUACUUGAUCAAGAUGUAAACUGGCAGAUUCAGGAACAAGCUUCUGCACAACAAAAUGGUUUUAUGAAAAGAAGAUUCAAAAUGCAAAAGAAGAAGCUUCCACCACGAAUGAUUCACUUGGGAACGCGUCCAGCUUCUCAGUCAAAUUCUUAUCGUAUCCAACUGGAUUCGGAGAUAAAUGAACACAAUAGACCUGUUACAUAUCAAGUUGUUAGAGAACAAGAUGCACACGUUCAGCAGCACAAUCAAAUAUCCCAAUCGUUGCAAAAUGAAGCCGAAGAGACGCAGAGGAGAAUCCAAGACACAAUGCGACGCAAUUACUUUGAGCAAGCAAGAUAUCAAAGGCCACCAGUUCAGAUGCCUCCUCCACCACCACCCCCGCAACAAAAUAGUCCAUCUGUUAACGAGAACUAUCAUCCAGAACUUGUAAAUCAAUUCAAAUCACAUUUAGAUGAACAUGAAAAGGCAUUGAGAAGAAAACUUGAGGCACAAUUUCCAGAUCAUAUCAUAACUUUGAUACCUCACAUUGAGACAGUUCGAAACCCUGAUGGUAGCAAUGUUGUUCGACAAAGAAUAAAGUGGACAGCUUAUCCAAAAGGAGCAAGAAUUCCUGAACAUGUUCCAGUACCUCCCGUGGCUCAACUUCCACCACUUCCACCAAUGCAACAAGUGAUUCAACCCAUUUUGACCACUCAGGCAGUUUAUACAACUGAGGAACCAUACAUUCCAUUGAUCACGACAGUGCCAACCCAUGAAAUUUCCCGUUUAAAACAUGAAGAAAUGCAAAGAAAGUACAAAGAAGAUCUGGAAAAACGGCAGGAAGAGCAAAAGAGACAACAAGAAGAACAUAAGAAAAAGAUUCAAGAGUUGAAAGCUGCACAGCAAAGAGAACGUGAGAGAAUGAUGGUUGAAAGAGAAAAAGCUGAAAAUGAUAGAAGAUUGAAAUAUGAAAAUGAAAUGAAGCAACGGGCUGAAGAGUACCAAGCAAGAAUGAGAUUAACCACGAUACCAACUCCAACCACUACAGUUGAAACCACAACUGAAUAUGUUCACGUUCCAUAUCCAACUCUUCCUGUCAAUGAAGUUGUAUACGAUGCACAUAUCAGAAAACCAAUCCCAACAAGCAAGUCAAUUGCCGAACCAGUUGAACACUUCAGGCCAAUUAUCGAAAAUGUGACGCCUGCGUCUCUUAGUCUCGAAGAUAUAAUUGCAAUGGAUAAUCAAAGAUCAGAUUAUGAAGAUGAAUAUGAUGUUCCAAUGGACUUCCCAGAUACGGAAGCACCACCAUUGACAACAAGACCUCCACCAGUAACGGUUCGAAAUACUCGACCACCUCCUCCACCACAAAUACCACAACCAAGAUCUCCGAUUAAUGGAGGAAUGCCUUCAAUUGUUCAACCACCUAGCAGUGGAAAGAAAUCGAAAUUGUUCGCACCACCAUCAAGUGAAGAGUACACUCAAGAAGUUGAUUUUGAUCCAUACGUAGACUUUGUCAAAUAAGAACUAAAAACUAUUAAAUUUAAUUUCUAAUCUUCUUGAUACGUGUAUAUUUACAUUUUCUAGGUUUGAAAUUCUCUGAAUUGAACAUUUUGGAAAAAACUGUUAUCGGGAAAGAAAUCUUGAAAUUUUAAAAAUCUUACCUCUUUACUUUGUCCUUGAGGAUCUUCAUCUCUAUCCUUUCCCGCUAGUAUUCCUAGAUUUUUUUUCCAAUUUUUUUUCAAGUUUUGAGAAAGUUAAUCCUAGGAGACCGUUCCAGAUACAUGGUGCCAGCGGCACGUUAAUAAUUCAUUUUCCCAAUUUUAUUGAUUUUUUCCAGAAUAAAUUCAAUUUUUGUGA